AUGGCAUCGACCGCCACUCCCACAAAUGCGGGCCAAGCACCCGCCACGCUCGUCUUGACGCCAGCUUUGAUGGCGAAGCUGAAGCCAGCAAAAAUCUUCAAGACUGCCGUCGAACAGGCCACGCCUCCGUCACCGGGUAGCCAUCCAUCUCGGGGAGCAAAUGCAGGACCGAGACACAUCACCGGGAUCAGUUUCGAUGACAGAGGAGACCAGAUUGUCACAGCCGCGGAGGAUGAGACAUUCAGGCUGUACAGUUGCAAAAGCGGCAAGCCACUAAAGACGCUGUAUUCUAAGAAGUACGGCGUGGAUCUUCCGCGUUUCACGCACAAGAACACGGCCAUCAUUCAUGCCUCCACAAAGGAAGAUGACACCAUCCGGUACCACUCUCUACACGAUAAUAAGUAUCUGCAGUACUUCAAGGGGCAUAAGGGCAAAGUGAUAUCUCUCGAAGUGUCUCCGGUCGACGAUGGAUUUAUGUCAGGCUCGUUGGACAAGACUCUGCGCCUCUGGGAUUUGCGCACGCCAACCUGCCGGGGUCUGCUAAAUCUCCCCUCUUCCCCAGUCGUCGCAUACGACGCAUCUGGUCUUGUAUUUGCUGUGGGCGUGAACCACUACUCGCGCAUUCUGCUCUACGACCAGGCCAACUUCGACAAGGCACCGUUCCUGGUGAUCACUCUAGAAGACCCGACCCUUGCGCUCAUCAGCUUCCCGCCUCGCAUGAUAUAUAUGACAUCCCUUUCCUUCUCAACGAACGGGAAAUACCUUCUUGUGGGCUGCUCUGGUGAUGCACACUACAUCCUGGAUGCUUUCGAGGGCCAUUUGCUCGCCAAAUUGGUGGGUCAUGUCGGAUUGGAGCGGAGGAAGAUGGGUACGCAGAUCGGAAUAGAGCCUCAGCGAGGAUGUAGUGGAGAAGAAGUGUCGUGGACGCCUGAUAGCAAAUACAUUGUCAGCGGAAGUCUGGACGGCAAAGUGAUCGUUUGGGACGUCCAGUAUUUGCCGAUGAAACAAGGCCCUGUCGACUUAAAGGCCAAUCCGCUGGUUUUCAAGCCGUUCGCGAGUCUAGAAGGUCAUCCAGGUCCUUCAAGAUGUGUGAGAUUUAAUCCGCGCUUCGCGAUGAUGUGCUCUGCUGGCGCUGAACUGGCUUUCUGGAUGCCAGACCAGUCUGUGGAACCCGAAGAUAUUGCAAAGGAUCUCGUGAACAAGAGAACUGUGUAGUAGAUUGAAAGUUAUGGACGUGGGCUUGACCCACUGGUGGUCCUAUUCGUUUUAUAUCUAAAUGCUGUAACUUGUAGGGAUUCAGAUAUCAGCUCGUAAUCUAUGCUCCAUUAGAACUACCGUACAGAGCAAAUUUUCAGCGUAAAGCG